UUAUUACUUUGACUCCUCAAUGUCCCUCCAUGGUCACAUGGUCUGUUCACUCACUGACACGUAGCAGAGAGGUUAAACCCUUAUUAGUCAGAGUCUGUCAGGUUGGUGUUACUCUUCCAAUGGACAACAGCUCCUACUUCAACCUAAGCAUCUUCCUAAACAUCGGUCCUUACCGUUACCCAGCCUUUGUGUUGUGCCUGUUGCUGUACGUCUUCAUCGUCUGUGCUAACCUCGUCAUCAUCGUGGUGAUACUGCGUGAGCGAGCGCUGCACGAGGCCAUGUACGUCUUCAUCGCUCUGCUGUCGACCAACGCUCUGUACGGCUCCGUGGGCUUCUUCCCCCGCUUCCUGCUGGACAUUCUGUCUGACGCUCAUUUGAUCGGGCGUCCGGCCUGCUUCGCACAGAUCUACGUCAUUUACAGCUACGCCUUCUCAGAAGUCACCAUUCUAGGAGUCAUGUCCUACGACCGAUACGUGGCUGUGUGUCAGCCUUUACAUUACCACAGCAGGAUGACCUCCAGGAGGGUCAAGCAGCUGGCAGCUCUCGCUCUGAUCUGUCCAGCAUUUUACAAUUCAGUAUCCAUUUAUAUGACAGCAAUGUUUCCUCUGUGUGGCAAUAAGAUUCAGAAGGUAUACUGUGCCAGUUGGAACAUAGCAAAGCUGUCCUGCGUUACCUCGGCCAUCACCCAGAUUGUCGCCACCAUAGCAGCUGCAAUCGUGUCUUUCCUUCCCAUCUGCUGCAUCCUGUACUCGUACUCCAGGAUUGUCCUUCUGUGUUGGAAAAGCUCCUCCAUGUUUAGGUGGAAAGUGUUACAAAGCUGUCUUCCCCACAUUAUUUCAAUCAUGAUUUAUGUUCUAACUUCGUUUUCUGAUACUAUCCUCAACAGGUAUGAGCUGCAUGAUCUAAACCCAUUGUUGGCUAUAAUAGUUUCUUUGGAAUUCAUUGUGAUUCCUCCUGUUUUGAAUCCUCUAGUGUACGGACUGAAGUUACCAGAAAUAAGAACACACAUUGUCAAGAAAAGGUUGAAUUAGUGUGCUAUAGUGGAAAAACAAUGCUUCAUUCUACAGCACUAAUUAAAAAAAUCGAAUUCUUUGGUUUGUGAAUGGUUUAGGUGUUUGAAGAAUUUGGUGACAUGUUAUGGAUUUGUUUACUGUACUGAGUCGAGGUUAUAUUUUGUGAGGUUAUAUUUUCUCUAUUCUGUCUUAUUUUUCACUGAUAUACAGCUCCAUCAACUAAAAUCGUUUGUAUGACCAGAAGCUAAGUUUUGACCUUUUUCUUGUACUG